AUGCAGAGUCCAUUAGAUUCAGAUGCCAGUAAUAAUAUUCCUGGAAUAAAAUUAAAAGGACUGAAUAAAGAUAAAAACUCACAAUUCAAUGUUUAUUCACCUUGGACAGGAAAUGACAUGUUCUGUAUUGAUAUCGAAACUCCACCACCUAAUACAGUACUAGUGCCUUAUUAUAAUGUUUAUAUUCGUUGGUAUCAGAGUAAAGAUUGUAAAACAAUUAAUCCUCUCACAAACUUCAUGUUGACUUUACACAAUAAUCCAAAAUCUUCUGAAAAUAGAUAUGCGCCUAAAGUAAAAUCUGAAUGGAGUACUUCAAUAGCUUCUAGUCUAUAUGAGUUCCAGUACAAAUGGAUUGUACCUUUAAUAGCUCAUGGUACAGUAAAGAACAUGUCUUUAUUUUAUAUUCGUAUUGAAACAGAAGGUAUAGUUAAUAGUGGAAUGUAUACUGUUUUCGGAGUCAUAGGCCCACUGACUAUCUGGACUUCACCUGGAAUAGAAAAUAAGACUUUAUUUGCUCCAAAAGAAGAAUUUGUAAACUCCACCUCCACAAAACCUCCUGUUCAACCCGUAGAUUCUAUUGCAACUGUAUUAUUAUUUAUCUAA